CUCCGUUCGAGAUGUUUUGAAAGCCGCAGCUUUCGUGUUUUUAAUGGUUUCACCUUGUGCUACCUCUGUAGAGCAGGAGCAAAACGUCAAAGGUUUCUUUAAAAGUGGACAUACAAAUAAUUGGGCUGUAUUGGUGUGCACGUCGCGUUUCUGGUUCAAUUAUCGCCAUGUUGCAAACACCUUAUCCAUCUAUCGCAGUGUGAAGCGACUCGGUAUACCAGACAGUCAAAUCAUUCUAAUGUUAGCUGAUGAUAUGGCUUGCAAUGCACGGAACCCAAGACCAGCGACUGUUUUCAACAACGCCAAUCAGCAUAUCAAUGUGUAUGGGGACGAUGUAGAAGUUGACUACAGAGGCUAUGAGGUGACUGUGGAAAACUUCAUCCGAGUUCUGACUGGACGUCUCCCACCAGGGACCCCUCGUUCCAAACGCUUGAUGACGGACGAUCGCAGCAACAUCCUCGUCUACAUGACCGGCCAUGGUGGGGAAAACUUCCUGAAAUUUCAAGACGCUGAGGAAAUCUCCAAUGUGGAAUUGGCUCAUGCGUUUGAGCAAAUGUGGCAGAAGAAAAGGUAUCAUGAAGUCUUAUACAUCAUUGACACGUGUCAAGCUGUGUCCAUGUUCCAACUCUUCUAUUCUCCAAAUAUCCUAUCUGUGGGAUCUAGCCAGGUCGGAGAAGACUCAUUGUCUCACCAUGUAGAUCCAGCUAUUGGCGUUUAUGUCAUUGAUAGAUAUACAUACUACGCUUUGGAAUUCCUAGAGAAAGUCUCACCUAACAGCAAGAAAUCAAUGGCGGACUUUUUUCAAGUUUGCCCACAGCAAGUUUGCCGCUCCACUCCGGGCAUAAGGACUGACCUAUUCCGUCGAGACAUCAAAACAGUUCCUAUCACUGACUUCUUCGGAAGCGUACGUAAUGUUGAACUGUCAUCAACAACUAUUGCACUAAGUAAUGAGACAGAAACUACGGAAAGAGUCCAACUUCCUGAGAAAGAAGAAGGGCCUAAAGACAAGGAGAUAAAACGAUUCAGUUUUGUAGAGCAACUACCAGCUGUUGAGAAAAAUAGCGAAAAGGGUACAUACCAUCAAAAGGUUCAGUUAUCCAGUGAGUUUGUGCUUGCCAGCAGUGCACUGCUGGCAGUUGUCGUCGUUGUUUUAUUAAGCCGGAUAGCAUCAUGACAUUAGAAAUAUGCCAUCCCCUUGUUAGAUUUGGUGAGUGUUUAUUUUUUACAUAUGUAAAUUUUGUACAAUUUUUUCAUGGGCAGGCCCAAUUUCUUAGGCUCUGCUUACCAUAAGCGUUCCUUAUGAAAGCAGAUAAAUUUGUGCUUAUGUCGUGCGUAUUUCAAGGAUUAGCAGGGAAUUUGGGCUUGUGCACGUGGGUCCUCCACGUUACUAGGCGUUCUUCGCUUACACAGCUAGUGUUGAAAUUCGGCGCUUGCAUGUAAGUGGAGAACGUAGAUCACAAGCUCAGAAUUCGGCGUGGAGCAAAGCCAUGAAAUUGGACCCAGUUUGUUAUGACGGUUUGACUGUUUGUAACUUUGAACCACAAAUAUUAUGGAGUUUGAGAUGCCAUGUAAAGAUGUGAAUAGACCCCUUGCAUGUGACGUCACACUCUCAACUGAGGCCAAAAAGCGCUCUCACUGAGGCCAUUGGAAGCAAACCAUAGGACGAUAGAUGUUCUUAAAGAUGUGCGCAUGACCUGUGUCCAUGUAGCAUUUGCCUGUUAUGCAAGGGGUCUACUACAGAAAUCAUUCAGGGAUCAAAAGAAAUGCCUUGCUGUUGUUUGUAUUGAUACGUUUAAACAAAAAUUAACAGUUUCUUUAAGCUGAUGUUGAGAAAUCAGCAUGAAACAUCAUGACCAGAACAUGCCAGAGUUAAAAACAAAUACUUAAGCAAGGCUGGAAUUGUACACUGGACGGAAGGCCUGAGGCAAGUAGUUUAAGUGUUGGGCCAGUAAUAUAAUGAUUGGACAAGUCCGAUGGUCUUGUAUUUGUCAUUUAAAUACCAAUUUACCCCACUGUAUAAUAACUUGAACAGAAACAAACUAUGUUCAAAUGUUGCAAUUGCGUCUUUUGAGUAAUAAAAUAUUCUUAAUGCUCAGUGUUCUCAAACUAUUUUUACUCACGAAAGAAUAAUAGCACUUUAAUUUCACAUGAUGGUAUUUUCUUGUUAAAAGUUUUUCUUUAAAAUGGGGGAAAAAAACUCCUUUCACAACAGAAAAUAAAUGUGAAUCAAACAAGAAGUGUUUUAUUAUUUGACAUCAAAACAUUCAAUUUGUUUUCAAAGUAGACAUAAUUUAUAUCAAACAUUUAUUAACUCUUAUUAUUUCAUUUGCUUUAACACAAAGUGUUAUAUCAAGUACAUAUCAAUAAUUGAUAUUAAAUUUGCAUAAAUAUACAGAAAUGUACAAAAAAUGUUUAAGUUUUUCAUUUUCAAAAUACGCCAUUUGAGGUAUACUGAAUACAAUACUAGGAGAAUAUUACGUAUGGGUUCCUUUUUUCUAUAAAGACCAAGCGAUAUGCGCCAGAGCUGUAUGCCGUCCCUUUUUUGUUCAUGUAUUUAGUUAGUCUUUAAGUCCAACCACUACUUCGAACUGCCUCUAGCUACCAGGCAAUCUCAGUGGUCUAGUUGGUAAGACACUGCUCUAGAUUUGCAAAGGUUGUGGGCUCGAAUCCCACCCGAGUAAUACGCCUAUGAUUUGUCCACAGGACUUUGAGAAAGUACUGAGUAUACAGUGCUAACACACGUUGAGGUGUAAAUAAUAUACAUGUAUUAAAAACAAAAACAAA